AUGCAGGAGAUUUUCGAUCAUCAGCAACGACUGCUGGGUCUGAUCGCUAGGUCCGUCGAGAAUCAGAAAAAGCAGGGGAAAUCUCGCGGAUCUUUGGAUUCCCGCAUCUCCUUGCUCGACGGCUACUGGCAGCAAUUCUCGGACAACGAUAUGGAGCUCCGUCGCUUGGGUGACAAAACCCUAGCGACCUCGGACUACGUAACCCGAGACCAGUUUACCGUGACUCAGGAGACUUACCUGCAACAGCGAGGAGAAUUGCUGGACAUGCAGAGCGGUCUGACCGUGGGCGGGUCAAAUGUCGCGUCGGCUCCUGCACCCGGAGCCGUCGCCGCGCCUGGAGUCCAGCUACCGCGCGUACCGAUACCCCGCUUCAGCGGCUCGUAUUCCGAGUGGCGAAGCUAUCAUGACCUAUUCGACUCUCUGGUGCGUAAGAACCCGGCGCUAUCGAGCGUGCAAAGGAUGCAUUACUUAAAGCAGAGUCUUAGCGGAGACCCGGAGAGACUGAUUCGAAAUUUCGGAGUAACGUCGGAUAAUUUCGACUCCGCCUGGGAUACAUUGUGUGCGCGAUAUGACAAUAAGCGUUUGUUAGUGAGCUCUCAUCUGUCCACCCUCACCGCCAUUGCCCCAAUCCACAAGGAAUCGGCGCAAGAGAUUAAACGUGUCUAUGACCACACGGCCGAAAUUCGCACGGCCUUGCACAAUUUGAAACGGCCGGUCGACUACUGGGACGACUGGCUAGUGCAUCUGACGGCGUCAAAGCUGGACUCCGUCACGCGCCGUGACUGGGAGAGAGCCACGAGCGAUCAGCAGGAUCCGGUCUCUUGGACUCUACUCAGCGGAUUCCUGGAGGGUAAAAUAAGAGAGCUGGAGGCGGUAGCUCCGUCGAGCCUUGCCGCGCCCUCGACGGCGCCGUCCACACUCAAGACAGGUAAGCCGGCUAAAUCACGGGCGCUGCACGCCUCCAGGGUCAAGCCGCUCCCUUGCAAGCUCUGCAAAAAGACGCACUUCAUCCUGCAAUGCCCGGACUUCAGGGGAUUGUCCGUCACGCAGCGUAAGACCAAGGUUGCUGACCACCAACUUUGCGCGAACUGUCUGUCUAGUUUUCACCGCUUGCAGGAGUGUAAUUCUCCCAAGCGAUGCCAAGUAUGUCAGGAGGCCCACCAUACCUUGCUCCACGAGGAUCGUCAUUCGGGGCUCACUGACUCCUCGGCCACGGAGGCGCGGGCGGUUGCGCAUCUGGCCUCCCAUCCGCGUGAGCGCCGUGUUCUCCUCGCAACAGCCCGAGUCCGAUUGCAAGUCGCUUCUGGACGCUCGACCAUUGUGAGAGCACUUGUUGAUUCAGGGUCAGAACUCAACUUCGUGUUCGAAUCCGUUGUCCAACGCUUACGGGCUCCUCGCCAGCCGACGCGCGUCCGCAUUUCGGGAUUGGGCGAGACCGAGACCGCUCUGGCCCGAUCCACGGUCACGGCUGUCCUGCACUCCCUCUCGGGUGCGCCUUACUCGCGCCCGCUCGAGGCGCUCGUGCUGCCACGCCUGACCUCCUACAAGCCGCCGUCUUGCGUUAGAGCCGAAGAAUGGAGGCACCUCCAGGGCCUGGGUCUUGCGGAUCCUCACGCGAGUGCUGCAGGCAUCGAAGCCGUCCUGGGGGCUGAGGUCUACGCGGACAUUCUUCUGGGCAAAGUGAAGAGAGGUGCACCGGGAACCCCGGUGGCCCAGGCAUCGAGGCUGGGAUGGCUGCUGUCUGGGGCCGUCUCUGAAAACUCUCCCGGUCGUCUAGCCAGCGUCCAUUCACUGCACUGUGUGGCGGACCCGGUGGCGGACCAGCUUCGUCGAUUCUGGGAGGUGGAGGAACUCCCGUCUGCGUCUCCUUGGACCGAGGAGGAGACCGCCUGUGACGCACACUACGCGGCCACUCAUAAGCGCGGAGCGGAUGGCCGCUACACAGUGCGGCUACCCUUGCGGGACAGUCCGAGUGUCGACAUGCUGGGCGAGUCCGCGCCCAUCGUGCGUUCAUCCUUGCUCCGUCUGGAGCGACGUCUUGACAAGAAUCCGUCCCUGCGUGAGGCUUACACGCUGUUCCUGCGGGACUACGAGCAGCAGGAUCACAUGGUCAGGGGCGUCGGCGACCGGACCGACGGCCGGCCACAAUAUUUCCUGCCGCACCACGCGGUGCUCAAGCCGACCGCCGCUGGGUCCAAGGUCCGCGUUGUAUUCAACGCCUCACAAGCCAGCUCCACCGAAGUAUCGCUCAACGCCGUGCUCCAUACAGGACCGAGGCUACAGAGGGACUUGCGGGAUGUCCUCCUGCGGUGGCGGCUGCAUCGAGUGGUAUUUGCGGCGGACAUCGAGCAGAUGUUCCGCCAGAUUAAGGUACACCCCGAGGAUCAGCCCUUGCAGCAGAUUCUCUGGCGCAAAGGGGAAACGCAGCCCAUCAACACCUAUAGGCUCGCGACCGUGACCUAUGGUACCGCCUGCGCCCCGUAUCUAGCAAUCCGCACGCUGCUUCAGCUGGCGGACGACGAGCAAACGCGCUUUCCGAGAGCGUCGGAGAUGUUGCGUUGCAGCACCUAUGUGGACGAUGUGCUCGCCGGGGCGGACUCCCUGGACGAGGCGCGGGAACGACAGACCGAACUGCGACACCUCCUCACGGCGGGCGGCUUUAACUUGCGAAAGUGGGCUUCCAACUGUGCAGAGUUGUUGCGGGACAUCGCCGAGAAGGAUCGCGAAUCCCUGCGGACUCUGAGGAAUCGCGAUGAGCUAGCAGCGGCCAUGCUGGGGGUUCGCUGGGCACCCAAGGUCGACGCCUUCAGCUUCGUCCUCGAUCCUCCGGUACAGGCGAGGAUCACCAAGCGCAUCUUCUCCGGGGUUGCCCGCAUAUUUGAUCCCUUAGGCUGGCUAUCCCCGGUCACCAUCGGAGCGAAGAUCAUGCUGCAGGAGUUGUGGCUUCUCGGAGCUGACUGGGACCAAGAAGUUGCACCUGAUAUCCGAGUCCGUUGGGAACGGUUCUGUGAAGAGCUUUCUGCUAUUUCCGCAAUCUCCAUCCCCCGUUGGCUGGGAUGGUCGGCCGCCUCUGAACGGGUGGAAAUCCACGGCUUCUGUAAUGCGUCGAAGCGCGCUUACGCGGCCGUGGCAUAUUUGCGUGUCGUCCAGGGGGAACACCACGUGACCGUCCGCCUGAUGCUCGCUAAGUGCAAAGUUGCACCGACUAAGCGCGUUACCUUGCCACGCCUGGAGCUGUGCGGCGCCCAUCUGCUCGCGCGACUGGUCGCCACCAUCCGGGAAAGCCUGCCCGCGGCACCGACGUACUUGUGGACCGACUCCACCAUUGUGCUCGCUUGGCUGCAGGGCCACCCAUCGCGGUGGAAGACGUUCGUCGCCAAUCGGGUCGCUACUAUCCACGAGGCUGUUCCCGGUGCGCUCUGGCGCCACGUUCUGUCUGAGAACAACCCUGCCGACGUUGCAUCGCGUGGGCUGCCGCCGAGUGAGCUUCGGCAGCAUUGCCUCUGGUGGAGCGGCCCCGGCUGGCUCGGGGGCUCAAGUGAGAAGUGGCCAACCAACUUCGCGCCCGCCGGGCCCCCCGCGAUGGGGGAGGAGCGGCGAGCGCUUGCCACAACCGGGGUUCUCGAGAAUCCGGACGAGGAAUGGAACCUGCUUCUACGGAUCUCGUCGUAUUCGCGGGCGCUGCGCGUCGUGGCGUACGUGUUGCGCGUUCUACGACGACACCGCCCCCGCACUCGGGCCCUGUCUGCGGCGGAGCUCAGGCAGGCGAAGCUCGCACUGCUUCGUCUCGCGCAGCGUCGCUUCUACCGGGAGAUCCAUCAGCUGCGGAGGGGGGCUGCGAUUAACCGGCGGUUAACGGAGUCCGCUGACUCCGUUGCACCCUUACCUAUAUCAGGAUGGGUUGUUGCGCGUCGGUGCGCGGCUGCGCCAUUCUUGUCAGUUACAGGAGGAGAACCAUCCAUUCAUACUUCCACGGGACUCUCGGCUGACGGAGCUGCUGGUGUGGCACGCCCACCUGACAACUCUUUACGGAGGUGUGCAGCUCACCCUGACGACCUUGCGAAGGGAGUUCUGGAUCCCGGCGGGCCGCAGCCUGGUGCGCGGUAUAAUCCACCGCUGUGUCACUUGCGUCAGACAUAA